AUGAAGAAGUUGAUGCUGUUGGCGCUCGUCGCACCGAAAGCUCUUGAUGUGUUGAGGACGAAUCCGGCAGGCGAUUUGCUGCCUCUCCUCAAACUUCUUCCCCUUCUAGGGGGAGCCAAGUUGGACAAGCUGUUGCCGAUCGCGCUGCUCGCCAUGGCUGCCUUCGAUGCUCCGGAGGUGGCUGCGUUGCUCAAGAGUGUCGUUAGCAAGAAGCUGGUUUCCGGCGGCUACGGCGUGAGGCGACGGCAGUGGAAACGUCUGACGAGGAAAUGUCGGUGGUGGACUAUUUGGUUGACUCCUGGGCGGUCGCGGACGGACAGUUCGAAGACGAAAUGA